GCCAAAUCCACACACAUUUCAACCCUCCCUUCACAUUCCCUAUAUUUUGUCAAACUUCAAAAAUCUCUGCCUUGUGGUUCCCCUUUACUUUCUGCUCCAUGCUUCCCUUUGUAACCCUUCUGCUACUACUCAUCCUCCAUGGCCUGGAAAGUUUCCCACUUGGUCUUCGUCACCAUCCUUUGGCUCUCUCUCCUCUUCUUAUUGCUUCAUGAAUUCCACAGUUUCAAGUUCAAGAUCAAUGGCAGACAAGCCAGCUCCAUAACCUUUUCAUCGCUUUCUCGUAACCCUUUGAUCAGUAGGAAAGUUGUUGCUAGCAAAUUUGACUUCACCCCGUUUCAAAAGCAUCAUCAACAGGAGCAGCAGGAUAAACACUCCCCAGACAUGAAAAGACAAUCCCAGGCAGCUGAUACCGAGAUUGAUCCGCGUUAUGGUGUCGAAAAGCGGCUUGUACCUACUGGUCCGAACCCAUUGCACCAUUGAUGAUGAUGAUGAUCAUUUCUCAGGUGAACGAGUUACAGGAAAAAAAAAAAAACCAAACCCGAAACAAAAAGAAAAAACACAGCUAGUAUAUCUAUGAUGUGAUUUUGUUCUUUACUUUCUGAAUUUUAUUUUAUUGGUCGUCGCUCUUUACUUUAGUUCUCUAUAUAUGAAACCUAAAUUGCUUUAGAUCAUAUUGAUGAUUAAUUCUGUAUAAUAUAUUCUUGUGAGUUUGAGCU